UUACCUCUCACUACUAGCAAGUUUCAGAAAGCAAAUUACGUAGGUGUAGCGUCCAUAAAAGAUGCACCACACCACAGCCACAUCAACGUACGACGUCGUCAAAAGACAAAUUCAUUGAUGUAACCCGAUCGAAAGGAGACUAGCUACACAUGCGCAAAGCUUCGUAGAGGGGCACGUCUUCUCUGGCUGCCUCAGAUGUCAGAUGGUCAUGCGCGCGAAUUCUACCGCGAGGCUGCCAGCCCUGGGAUCUACCGGUGCAAGGCUGCAAGAGCUCAAGCUCGAGGCAAGGACGUCGGCGAGAGGGUGUUGCUGCUGCAUCGGCCCCGGGGAAGCUGGCUCCGACUCCACUACAUCAGGCAGCGGCGCCGGCCGGCAGUGCCCCUCCUCCGCGAACCCCGUAGCGGCGUUCUUCAUGAACUCCGUCCAGUAUUCUUGGGCCUUCUCUGGGCUGCUCUUGGCGGCCUUCUUUCUGAAGGCCGUCCAGCUGCGCAUCCAGUCGCGGCCGAGGAGCUCGUCCUCGUCGCGGUGGGAGAGUGCGGCGAGGGCGGUGUGGAGGUAGCACACCUCGCGCUCCGCCGACAGGUGACGCCACCGGGCGCGGCAGAGGCUGCGGGAGCGGCCCGGCAUCCGGCGUGCCACCCGGCGCCAGUGGCGGAAGCCGUUCUCCCUCGCGAGCCGCUCCAGGCGCGCGUCUUCCUCGGCCGUCCACAGCAGCCUCAGGCGCACGGUGGACAUCGAUCUACCUCCUCGGCCGAAUCGAGACAUCGAGGAGUUGCCGAGGCCGUUCUCCCUCGCGAGCCGCUCAAGGUACGCGUCCUCUGCCGCCGUGCACCCGCGCUGCAGCCUCAGGCGCACGCUCGACAUUGAUCGAUCGAUCUCCUCGGCCGACGGCGGUGUCUCCGCUCGCCGGCGAAAUCGAGACCUGCGCGUGGGCACCGGCCCAGAAGCUGAGCACGAGGACUU